CUUAACUCAGAUAGGUAAUUAUGGCGUACCCGGGCUACCCCCAGAUGUACCCACCUCCAACGCCAAUGCAGUAUCCGAUGGUGGUUCAAUCACAACGGCAACCCAGUACAAACGUCGUGGGAGGUAGACGAUGUUACAUGUGUAGCAGCCCGAAUCACCUUAUUCGGGACUGCCCUAUGAAGGGUAAUGGGGGACGGAACUACGACGAUGGGAGGCAGAGGGAUACAGAAGAGAGUCGAGAUUAUGGACGGAGAAGAGGACGGGACUAUGAGUAUGAAGGAAGAAGAAGGUACGACAAACGUGGUGGUAGAGAGGAAGGAGGGAGGACGACUAGGAGACACGAGGAUGCCAAUGAAUGGGACAGACGAGGGAGAUCCUUUUCACCUGGAAGGGAAGCACGGAGAAAACAGGAGAAGGAGGAUAGGAGACUGGCUGACGAGCAAAGGCGUGUGGAAGCACAGGAGCAGGCGAGACGGGAGGAACACCGUAGGUUGAGGGAGGAAGAGAAGAAGAGGCAACAGCGGGAGAGGGAUAAGGGUUUAGUGAAGCUCUUGGAGGUAAAGCUCGUGGCGAACAACAGUACUCUCAGGGAGGAAUUCGGCUUAAAGCUGACACGAAAAGAUAGAAGGCCUAAGAAGGAAACUAAGUCGGCAGAAAAGAGAAGACUUAGGGAGGAGAUCGCGAGGGCACAGGGAGCUGCUAGUGAACCGGAAGAAGCGGGUGAGUCGGACGAGGAGCUUAACGAUUUGAGGGCGCAGGCUGCCCAGCUCAAGAUAGCGGAGAAGAGGAAGCGGGGAAAGGAAAAAGUGGUGGGAGAUAGUCCACCCAUGACAACGCCGGCUAAAGGGGCGCGAUGCUACAUACAUCCUGUUGAAAAGCAAACGGGAGGUAUAACCAUCGGAAGGGAAAAGGGUAGGACGGUGACGUUAAAGUCAGUCUAUGACGCUACGACAUCAGCGGAAAAAACACGAAAGAACUGGGUGGAAGCUAAGGAGGAGGGAGAGGCCGGACCGGUGCAGAGAGCGACUUUUUGGAGUGAGAAGAAGAGACAUUACAUGACAAUGACUCUUCACGAACUGAAGAAGGUGUGUAAAGAUGAGGGUAUCAAGGUCGCGCCAACAACGACGAAGGAGAAAGCAUCGUCCGAUCUGGCGGAUAGGCGUACUAAACUGAAGUCUGCCGCGGGAAUACCGCUGCCGAAAUCACCGAUUCGGCAACCAGAUCUGGGAGACACAUCGGAAAACUCGUCGGGGGAGAGAGUACCGAUGAGCUUUGGACAUGGUCUACGUGCCACAAGAAUUGAUGGUCACGUAUCUUUCCGAAUCGAAGAAGCCCAGACAGCACCGACCAUCUCUUUCAAUGCAAGGAAUGUGCCAAGGCGGCGAAUCGAACACAGGAGGAGGAGUUUGGGAGUCGAGAUUAGGCUGGCUUUUGAACAAUGGGGGGGGGGUGACAUGGCACAACUGCGAAUUAGCAAGGAGGAGGUAGCGGCAUGCACGAGUGUAGAGAUGGUGGGAGAUUGUAAGGAGAUUGAGAAUUUUCUGAGUUUCAGGGAUGAGAUGGAUGAUCUGGUGAGAAUGCCACUGGAUCGCAAUAUAGGAGAUACCCUGAUCCAAUGCCCAGCGCUGUAUCAUGAGGCGAUGAUGAAUACCUUCAUCAAGGCGGAAGGGUACAGGGUUCUUUUGGAAGAGGAGGAAGAGAUUAUGGUAAAGUGGAAGAAUGAGUAUGUUGAGGCGGGCCUGGAAAGUCUGGGCAAAUGGGACGAUAAAGGAACUUUGGGAAACGCUUAUGUACUCCCAAAACACAAGGACGUUACGAAGAGCAGGCCAAUCUGCCCGACGUUCAGUGAACCCACGAACACUGUCUGCAGGAAGAUGGCGAAGGGUUUGAACAGAAUGAUGAAGCUGGUUCCAGAAACAAGCCACUUCAACAUGGGAUCGGUGUUGGAACUGAGUAGGAGGUUGAAGGUGAUCAACAGCAAAGUGGGAAGGAGAGGUUUGGAAUGGGGUAUGGAGGGUGCAUCCUUUGACAUCAAGGAUAUGUUUAGCCGCUUACCCCAUGCGGCUAUCCUUGAUGCUCUGGAUUGGCUAUGUGAAUGGUGCGAGGGAAGGGGCUUCAAGAGUGUGCAGCAGCAGGGAGGGCAGCGAGGAACUGGGUGAAGAAAUUAGGCGCGGCAGCAAAGUAAAAGGCAGGCAGCUUUUCGUUUCGAAUAUACCUAUCUGCCACAAUGAAGAGCGGCAUGGCUU